AUUAACACCGUGAACAUCGACGCAACUAGGUCGCUAGUUUGCCCCUGGAUAUCCGAAUUUUGAGCGUGCAUUUCCUCCUCAUUUUUGCGGCAAGCUUUGGUAAAUUUGUAUAAAGAAAUGCCAAGUAAGAAGAAGAAGUACAAUGCAAGGUUUCCACCUGCUCGAAUCAAGAAAAUCAUGCAGAAGGAUGAAGAUGUUGGGAAGGUGGCAGCUCCUGUUCCAGUGCUUAUAUCCAAGGCCCUUGAGAUCUUUGUUGAAGGUCUCAUAACCAAAGCAUCGCAGGAAACCCUGUCGAGGAACGCCAAGACUCUUACCACCUCUCACAUAAAGCAAUGCAUCGAGCAAGAGAACAAGUUUGAUUUCUUAAAGGAUCUAGUAGAGAAUGUACCCACCAUUUCAUGUGAGGAUGAUGAUUCAAACAGUGGAUCAAUCCAGUCUGAUAAACCUCCAAAUUCAAGGAGAAAGAAGGGUAUACGAAGAGAUGCCUCGGCCCAAAGCAGUCUGCAGUCUGUAGAUGAACCCUCAUCGGAUGAGCAGGAUUCCUUUGAAUCUGACGAGUCGGGUAGUAAAGACGAGAGACGGAGACAUCCAGCAGAGACCACCAAUGCCUCAGCAGCAAAUUCAUCAUCAUCAUCAUCAUCAUCACAUCCAGCAUUUCACACAGUACCCCCAGUCAACCAUAAUAGUUAUCCAUAUCCCGGGCAGACCGCAUCAGGCACCAUGUACGCACCAACAAUGCCUGCACCUCUACUACCUCCUCAUCAUAGCGCCCUCUCUGGCAACGCACCAGCCAUGGGGGCAUACCUUGCACCUCAGCCCCACACCUCACAGAACAAUGACAAUGAUGACGACAGUGAUGAAGACUAUGAUGCAUAGCAAAUUAUAUAUUGGCAACCUUUAGAUAUCUGAAGUAACUUUAUGUGAAGCAUUGCUUGUCUGAAUGUGUAUGGCAUGGAUCUCGAUACAUGGGUGGAACAACACAUGGAGGCAUCAAUCUGCAUUACAGAGUGCAAGCCAGCCAGGAAUUUAUUCAGCAGAGCUGGAACUACUUUACACCGCUAUAAUCGGCCGUGGAGACAAUGUAUGAAUGCGUCAAGAGUAAAAACUGAAUAACAAGUAGGACAUAUAUGCUUCAAAAUUGUUUUCUUUUUGUAACCUCCCCCCCGCCCCCCC